UAAGUAUCCAUACUUUUUGGCUCCAAAUCUAUGUAUCUUUUCCAACUAAAAUUAUCAUUUUACUUAAUAUUAAUUUUAUGGAAAAAUUAUUUAAUUGUUUAGAAAAACAUUUGGUUCUUAUCUUAUUAAUAAAAGUAAAGUUGCUCCUGAUAAACUCUUGAGAUUUAAAGGCAUCAUUGAUUUAACUAAAUUUACUGAGGCCUCUUGUUGGUGAUAAAGAAGAAAAUUCGUCAAACUUCUACAUUAACUAAGAUAAGAUAAAUAUAAAAUCAUAUUGAAUCAAAAACAUAAAAUUAAAUUAAUAAAUAUUGUAAAAGACGUUAUGGAUGGAGGAUUAUCAUCGAUGCAUAUAGCAAAACAUCAAAAUGAAUUGAAACUUCAGUUUUGUCGUUUUUAUUAAACUUUACUUUGUAUUAAUUUUAUUUCAAUUUCAUGCACCAAAAAUCUAGUUAUUAUAAAAAUUGAAUUUUAUGUUCCAUUAAUUUUAAUUUCAAUCUGGUGCCAGGUGUCAAAUUAUUAGUACAAUCUAUUGCUUAGGGGCUAUAGCAAAUUGUCCAUCAAAUAAUGGUCCUUAAUAGGGACUUGUAGCUAAUUUUCCUUUGUUUUUGUUUUUUCUAAUUUUGAAAUUGUCUGUUUUCAGUAAAAAACAGUUUGUAUUUAGCAAUCCUCAUUAAAAGUAACGAUCAACUGCUCAAUCUGACGUGUGAGCCCUUCACUCGCCGCUCGAUAAUCCCUAUUACUCACUGAGUCACUUCUCAUCUCUCUCUCUCUCUCUCAAUCAAACGGAACAAAGGGCUAAUCACUCUGCCGCAAAUGGCGGUGCCGGGUGACGGAGGAACAAAACCCCACUCAAUCGCCGCGGAGGAGAAGUGCGCGUGCGGCUCGAACAACUGCGCCGGAUGCACUCGGCGGCGAUCUUCGAGCUCGAAUCUGCCGUCAUCGUCGUCGUCCUGCUCCCUCCUCAGCUUCGAAUCGUAUCCAGUUCAGGAUUACGAUAAGCCAUGGCGAGUCUACACUGCCUCCGUUAAGGGCUUCGCUAUCGGCGCUGGACUCAAAGGCGGACUCGCCAUUUUCGCUCUCCUCACGCGCCUCCGCCGCCGGCGGUUGCUCUCUUCAUCGAAGAAAGUAGAGAUGACGUCAAUUAGCGCCGAUGUGAUUUUGGCUUUGAAAGAGACUCUGAGAUACGGAUUAUUUCUCGGUACAUUCGCGGGAACAUUUGUUUCUGUUGACGAAAUUAUUGCUGCUUGGGGCGGUCACCGUAGGACGGCGAAAUGGAGGGCUUUGCUGGCUGGUGCAAUAGCAGGGCCGUCGAUGCUGCUGACUGGGUUGAACACAGAGCACACGAGCUUGGCUAUUUACAUUUUCAUGCGUGCGACUGUGUUGGCUUCACGAUGUGGGAUAAAAAGCAAGAGAUUCGGUCGUAUAUGUAAGCCUCUAACAUGGGUGCAUGGAGAUAUUUUCCUUAUGUGUCUCUCCUCUUCCCAGAUUCUGUCAGCUUACAUAUUGAAGCAAGAUAGUUUGCCUCCGUCUUAUAAGUCAUUUCUCAAUAAACACGGGGCAAAGGAUGCUGUCAUCCUGAACGGCGUGAGAGAGAUUGCAUCUGGACUGCCUUUCUCAAAUCUCGGAGCAAUAGAGAAAUUCUACAAGUCCAGUGGUGUUGAUGUUAAACUUGAUCCACAAAUGAAGAUUCCUUGCUCGAUUGUCCAUGGGAAUCAAUCAUGCGGGACGCAUUUUUUUUCCUUUCUUCUUCAAGCCUAUAAAAGAGCACUACCAGUUUAUCUUCCAGUCUAUUUAAUUCCAGCUCUGAUUGUACAUCGUAAAGGUCUCCUCAACAGUCCGUUCAAAAUUUUAUGGAAAGGUCUGUUUGGCACUGCGAGGUCAAGCUUGUUUCUCUCAAUGUAUUGCUCAUCUGCCUGGAUAUGGACAUGCAUCCUGUUCAGGAUUCUGAAGAGAUGCAACAUUCCAAUGGUGGCGAUAGGAACGUUUCCGACUGGUAUAGCUCUAGCGAUCGAGAAGAAGAGCAGAAGAAUAGAGAUAUCUCUAUACUGCCUAGCAAGAGCAAUCGAGAGCUUCUUCACGUGCAUGGGUGAUGUAGGGCACUUGCCUCAAUCGAAAAACUUGAAAAGAGCUGAUGUUGUUGUCUUCAGCGUAUCAACAGCAAUUAUAAUGCACUGUUACGCAAUGGAGAGAGACGUUUUCCGAUCAAAGUACCUCAACGUUCUCGAUUGGGUGUUUGGUGUUCCUCUUCCACCCUAUGAAGCUACUCCGCGUAAGAGAAAAUAACAAAUCACUGCACAGGUUGUAUAAAAGCUUCAAAGAAGAUCUUGUCUGGAAAUUUGUUUGAAGAAUUACAUUUAUUUGUUUGUGUACUAGGUUUACAGAUAUAGAAUAUGUAAUGUAGGUUUAUAUUAUGAAAAGAAUACUGUAUUUGUUUCUUUUAACAGUGGGAAAAUCUAAAGCUACUCAUAUUGUACAAUGUACCUUCAUUCCUAUGUUAGAUUUUUUAAUAUAUAAAAAGAAGAAACGCUCGGUCAACUUAAGAAA